AUGUCAAGUAAGGUAUGGAGAUGGGUAUUAGGGUUGAUAUACAUAUUCUCUGUUGCCACGAUUUGGAUUGCAGCUAGUUUUGUAGUCCAAUCCGUGGUGGAUGCUGGUGUUUCACCGUUCUUGAUCACUUUCAUUUGUAAUUCGUUGUUCGUCGUUUAUCUUCCUCUUUUUGAGAUCGGUCGAUAUCUGGAAGAUGCGUAUGGGAGUUUAUUGUUUUGGAGAAACAAAAGGUCGCAUUUACUGGAUUUGGUCGAAUCAGAGAAGGCUGUUUUGCUUGGACAAGAUGUUUCAGGUGUGAAAUCAGAUGAUGCAAUUGAAAGUUCAGGGCUUGUUGUGAGAGAGGAAGGAAAUAGUGAGGAUGGUAAUGAGAUUGAAUCUGGAUUGGAAAAUGUAGAGCUUGAGAUUGAUGGUAGUGUCAAUGUUAGUGGUGAAACCGGUGGAAUCUGUAGCAAAGGAUUAGAUGAGAAGGGUCGGUGGACAAGGAUGCGAGUUGCUAAAGUUAGCCUUGUGAUAUGUCCGUUUUGGUUUUUGGCACAGCUCACUUUUAAUCUCUCUCUCAAGUAUACAACAGUUACGUCAAAUACCAUCUUAAGCAGUGCAUCAAGCCUUUUUACUUUUCUUGUAUCACUAAUAUUCUUGGGAGAGAAGUUUACGUGGUUGAAACUCUUCAGCGUUCUUCUUUGUAUGUCUGGGACAAUAGUUGUGAGUAUGGGUGACUCAGAGUCCAACUUAUCUGCAACAGCCAAAAAUCCUCUUCUGGGAGAUAUACUUUCUCUGAUCUCAGCGGCACUAUAUGCUGUCUACAUCACUCUUAUUCGCAAAAAGCUUCCAGAUGAUGAUGAAAGAAAUGGUCGUGUCAGUAUGGCUCAGUUCCUCGGGUUUCUUGGUCUCUUCAAUUUCUUCAUUUUCCUUCCCGCUGCUUUAAUACUCAACUUCACAAAGCGAGAACGCUUCAAUGCACUAACCUUGAAACAAUUUGGUCUGGUUAUUGGCAAAGGUCUGUUAGAUAAUGUGCUUAGUGACUAUCUAUGGGCAAAGGCAGUGCUUCUGACAACCACCACUGUCGCAACGGCCGGGCUAACCAUUCAGGUUCCAUUGGCAGCCAUUGUAGACAGCUUAGUAGGGAACAAACCAAGCUUCACUGACUACAUUGGUGCUGCAGCUGUAAUGGUUGGCUUUGCAGGCAUCAACAUUCCUUCUGAGGUGUUUUGCAGAUCCAAAGAGACCGGUAUUGAGUUAGAACCCGGGACUUCUUUCACAGAUCCUCAGAUUGUGUCGGAUAUUGUUAGAGUAGAUUCUUCAGACACAGUAGUGCCUUAA